GGGCGGGAGGCGGAGGGCGGAGAGGGAGAGGAGGAAGCGGGGAGGAACUGUCCCCUCGGCGGCGGCUCCGGACCGUGGGGGGUGGCGAGUGGGAAGAUCUCCGGGCGCCCUGGCAACAGCGAUUUGCCUGCUUCCGUGUUCCUUGCCUAAGUGUACUUCAGAUAACAGCAGAUAACCACCAGGAUGGGAGUGAAUGACUUGUGGCAAAUUUUGGAGCCUGUAAAGCAACAUAUCCACUUGCAGGAUCUUAGUGGGAAAACCAUUGCUGUCGAUUUGAGUCUGUGGGUAUGCGAGGCACAGACAGUGAAGAAAAUGGUUGGCACUGUCGUGAAGCCCCAUCUCAGGAACCUAUUUUUUCGUAUCUCGUAUUUAAUCCAAAUGAAUGUGAAACUGGUGUUUGUAAUGGAAGGGGAGCCACCAAAGCUGAAAGCUGAUGUCAUGAGCAAGAGGACUCAGACUCGCUAUGGGCCUUCUGGAAAAGCAGGCUCUCAGAAAACAGGGAGAUCACAUUUUAAGUCAGUCUUACAAGAGUGCCUUGAGAUGCUACAGUACCUGGGAAUCCCCUGGGUCCAGGCUGCCGGGGAAGCCGAGGCCAUGUGCGCUUACCUUAAUGCCAGUGGCCAUGUGGAUGGCUGCCUCACCAAUGACGGCGAUGCUUUCCUUUAUGGAGCCCAGACUGUUUACAGGAAUUUCACUAUGAACACAAAGGAUCCACAUGUUGACUGUUACACAAUAUCAUCUAUCAAGAGUACGCUGGGCUUGGAUCGCGAUGCCCUUGUUGGACUGGCAGUACUUCUUGGCUGUGAUUAUCUUCCAAAGGGAGUGCCUGGAUUUGGAAAAGAACAAGCGUUAAAACUUCUGCGGAUUUUGAAAGGUCAAAGUUUGCUUCAGAGGUUUAACCAGUGGAUUGAAGAACCUUGCUCCUCUGCUCCACAAAGCGUGGCUCACUGCUCUGUGUGCUCCCAUCCAGGUUCGCGUAAGGAUCAUGAACGUAACGGAUGCGCGUUAUGUAACAGUGACAGAUACUGUGAACCACACGAUUAUGAAUACCGCUGUCCCUGUGAAUGGCACCAGACAAACCAUAGUAGGCAACUAAAUGAAAUAGAAAACAAUAUUAAAAAGAAAGCUUGCAGUUGCAAAGGAUUUCCAUUCCAUGAGGUCAUCCAAGAAUUCCUUUUGAAUAAGGAUAAAAUGUUAAAACCCCUCAGUUAUGAAAGACCUGAUUUAUUAUUGUUUCAGAGAUUUACUGCUCAAAAAAUGGAGUGGCCCAGUCACUAUGCAUGUGAGAAAUUGUUGGUGCUUUUGACCCGCUAUGACAUGACAGAAAGAAAACUUGGAAGAAAAACCUCUAGUCAACUACAGCCAAUCAGAGUUGUUAAGCCCCGAAUCAGAAAUGGAGUUCGUUGCCUUGAAAUAGAAUGGGAAAAGCCUGAACAUUAUGCAGUGGAAGACACAGAGGCUGGGGAACUGGGUCCCCUUACCAUCGAAGACGCAUCACUGUUUGAAGCAGCCUAUCCUGAGGUUGUUGCUGUCUACCAGAAACAACAGUCAGAAACCCAAAGGAAGAAACAGAAGAGUGUGAAAGUUAAGCCUAAAGGAAACAGUUUACCAGAACUGAAUAGUGUAGUCAGUUCUCCGUCACUUAUGACUUUAAAACCUACUUGUGGAGUCUUCCCCAAGCAUCAUCCCAAAAUUAAUUUGGAAAUUUCUCCAGACCCUAUUUCCUCCCAGGAAUCUACUUCUCCCUCCUUGCGUAGUUUUGUUUUCCCUGAAAGUGCUCCCUGUCUGAAUUUGCAAGAACAUUCCAUGCCUUCUCCAAGAUCUUCUUCUGGAAAGCAAACUAAAGAUGUCAGUGAUUUUUUAGUUUCAGAGUGGAGUCAGCCCAGCUCUUCGUCCCAUAAUAUCUCUGCGAUUGCCGAUCUCCAGUUGAGUGCCAUUGACUGGGACGGUACCUCGUUUAGUAAUUCUCCAGCUGUUCAAAGGAACACUUUGUCUCAAGAUUUACAGUCGGAACUUGAGUCAUCAGCCAUCCUUCCUGGCUCUGAAAAUCACCCAGAACAAUUGUCCUAGAAAUCAGAACAAUGCACCACAAACAAGGACGUGCUGGGUAGAGACCUUCAAAAGGCUAGUCCUGCAGAGCGCCUACUUCCUGCCAUCGCUGGCUUACAUCUUCAUGAUUUGCCUCUCAAGGAACGAAUCCACAUGAAAUCCUCAUGCCCUCAGUACAGUGUACAAGCAGAGGCUAACCUGGAAAGUUUGCACCUAAAAGUAAAAGGCUCUUGUGUUACUGACAGUAGCUCUGUUUGUUUAUCAAAUUUCUCAAAGGAAUUUCCAGGAAUACUGCACAAAGAGUCCAAAAACUUGAAAGGACUUGACAACGAACUCCUUCAAGGGAACUCUACAGUCAAUGCUUCCAUACCUGAUUCUGAGAACAGAACAGUAGAGACCUCCAGUCUUCAAGCUGGGCUCUCAAAUUCUGCUCUACCUCAUAAUCCAAAAGUUGUUGGGAAAACUGCUAAGAACCUUGUGAAGAAUAGUGUUUGCCUCAAAAGAGAUUCCUCAGAUGACGAAAGUGCUCCAGUAUCCUGGAAAACUAAGUGUACUGCUCCAAAACUGAAACCCAGUUCUCAGAAGCUCAGCCUAGCCCAGGUCAGAGACACACUCAGAAAUCCUAAAGUCGAUGCUGAAGAAACCAAACUCCAUACAAAGACCUACUCCACAGCUGAAGAUGGAGAAAACUGGUCUUCCGAUCCAGCGAAAAGGACUCAAAGUUUUCUACACUGUCAUGUAAAAGAUGAGGGCUCUGCUGCCUGCUCGGAAAGUCCUCUCCCUUUAUGCCAGAGGUUAAAACUCAGGCUCCAGAGCACUUCCAGUGGAUUUUAUCAUACCUAAGUUUAAUUCACUUGAACGUUGUCAGUGUUAGCAGAAGCCAGGCGGUGCAGUCCAGCUCAUGUUGGGCAGAGAAUGGACAUGAUUGUGUGCCGCUGUAAUCAGUGUAAUCUACAGUGUUAGGGGCCAUGUGUGGCUCGUGUCUAAUCACAGCACUUAGGAGGUUCAUGGAGCCCCGAGAUUGGGAGCUCAGUGUCAUCCUCUGCUAUAUGGAGAGUUUUAGGCCAGUCUGAGUUGAGUUAGCUAAGGAAGAAAACAGUUAAAACUUUGAUUGCAAAGUGGUUUUUUUUUUUUUUCGAAAAAUUGUGAUUUUGAUUACAAAAGCUGAUUGAUUUUGAUUAUAGAAAAACUUUGAUUACAAAAUAUGGUGACAGCUUCAAAUAUUGUAUAUUUUAGAGCAUUUUACCAUUCUUGAAAUGUCCUUACUGAUUAUUAUCUAGCUUUAACAUAUUAGUGUAUUCUUUGAUAGAGUAAAUGCACUAUCAUUUUUAUUUCUUCUUAUGUAAGCUUCUAAAGCAUUUGUUACAGUCUAGCUUAUUCCCAAGAGGGUAACACAUUGUAAUUGUAUUGUAGUGCCUUCUAUUGGGCCUUCCUAAUGACUGUAUUUUCUCCUCAUGCUAAAGCACCAUUAGCAUGUUCUUUCACUUUUAAUAAUGUCAUGUUUGAGACAUGAAAAUGGAAAAAGAGGAUGCUGUGGAGUAAAGUGUGUUUAUAAAA